GGUGCAGUUUACCUUGUCCACCGCCCUGAAAGAAGAUAUGAAGUGGUAUCCUCUCCCUGCGAGCCUGUUUCUAGCGGCUUUCUUCUCACAAGUUACGAAGGUCCGUUCUGGGACCAGUGUGGGACUGAUGAACUCAGUCUACUCUGUAGGAGAAGGCGACGGCUUUGUCGAGGUAUGCGUUGCCAUGGAGCGCCCGGGGAUACCAAACCUGACCGUGAUGCUGAGGACAAUUUCAGACUAUGGAGAAGUGGAGCGUCUCGUGUCUACCCCAGACUGUGUCAGUAUACCCAUCGUCAAUGACAACUGUAUGGAGGAGGUCGAGAGGUUCAACGUGUCACUGGAGAUGGUGGAUGGAGAAGGCAAUGAUAUAAUGUUUGGAACAUCGUCGGCCACUGUCUAUAUUACGGAUGAUCAGGAUCCGUAUGUGGUCCCAUUUUUGUCUGGAAUAAAAUGGUCCCAUCACUGUCUUGACGGUUCUCUAGUUGCAGAUGUAGGAUUCGAUAGCACUGUCUACGAAGUACUAAAAGGUGAAGAUCUGGAGUUUUGCAUUCAAACCUUGUGUGGUGACAGUCUCAGUAUCCUGGCACCUCUGCGUCGUAAGCCAGUUUUUAUCGCAAUAUUAAAAGAAUUAAACAUGGCACAACGGCGUUUGCUGGAGUAUAAUGGAACAAAACAGUGCACAAGUAUCUCAAUACCAGCCGAUGAGUAUCCGGUAGGACCACAAAUGAUGUUCAAUCUCACACUUUCAGCCCUUUAUCUACCGGGCACCAUCGGUCUUUCACGAAACGUUUCUUUAGUUACGUCAAAGACAGAGAGAUUGUCACUGUCAGAGAAAGUGAUGGAGUGGCAAGGGUGUGCUUCAAUGGACAGCAAUGCUGAUGAAGACUACCAUGUUAUAGAGGAAGAGUUCACUAUACAAACAGGGGGAGGAGAAGGAUGCAGGAUAUGUGUAAACAUCUCAAUCAAGAACGACAGUAUCUUAGAGGACGAAGAGGAAUUUACUGUCUCCCUCAAACUUGGAGAGACGCACACGUUCACCUUCAAUACGUCUCCGGCUACCAUCAGGAUUAGCGAUGAUGACUUCUGUGAUGCUGGCAGAGGAGAUCGUGCAGUGGUGAGUCUACAAAAAAGGCUCUACAGACCAAGCAAGAAUAAAGAGUCGAUUGAAGUGUGUGCCAGUCUCAGAAUACAGACUACAGAUAAUAAGUGUAACUGUCCAUCGCCAUUCAACCACUUCUUCAUCAGAGCCUAUACCGUUAGACGAGAAGACAAUUCCUAUGUCGAAAGUCCCAACCCUCUGGAAAUGACCUUCCACAACUGCAAACCAACUGUCUGCGUCACAGUCCCAAUCACUCCAGAGUUGCGUGCAAUCAAUAAGCCGUUCUUUGUUUUCCUGCUGAGGCCAUACAGACAAGAUAGGAGGAUCUCUAUUAAUAAGGGUCGUCAGGCAGCUCAAGUCAACAUUUGAAGACACAGCCAACCACCAAACCAUUGAAAAUUUGAACAACUGCAUUUUACAUUCACACAUUUCAUAGUGAAUAUAGCUAAUACACUAUUUCUACUUGCUAUUGACCUUAAUAAAUCAGAAGCAUUAAAAUAGUUACUGGC